AUGGUUAUUACUAAGAAUAGGGACUGCCGGGUUUGUGGGUCACCGGAUCCAAUAACCCUGCACAACAUCUGGUACCGGGGAAUGUACGGCCAGCUAUGCACGGCGUGCGUUCUAGCCCAUCACGCGGCAUCCUUUUGCCCCAUCUGUUUCGAUGUCUACGAGGAAACCAAGCUCCCUCCUCCACACCUUCGCGUCAUGUGCCUCCGCUGUCCCGCCGUAGCCCACAUCUCAUGCGUCUACUCCCUCCCUUCUUCUUCAUCCUCCUCCUCGACUCGCUUUCACUGCCCUCAAUGUUCCAUUCCCAAUUUCACCUUUUUCAAUUUGGUUGGCAGUGCUGUUCAAAAUGGUAAUGUGAUUACUGAGGAUUUGGCCAAGCAAUUAGUGGCCUCGGCAAAAAUUGCUUCAAUGUCGUUGCAUAAGGCGGCGGCUAUUGCGAGAGAGAACGCGGAGAAGAGAGCGAAGGAGGCCGUGAUGGCCAGAAAGAAAGCUAUAGAGGCACUGGACAAGGUCUCCUUUUUGAUUCUCAAAGAGGCGGAGGAGGAUUCCAGAUCAUCAUCCAACUUAUAA